AUGAAGAUCACCCUCGUUCUCGCAGCUUCAGCCUUUGGUGCUACAAAUGCCGCAGUCCCGGUCAUCCCGACAAAUCGCAUGGACCAAUUUCUCCAAACGAGGUCGAGUCUCGAGUCGGAAUUAACCACAUGGAAGCAGAGCGAGGCUGGCGAAUUUGCAAAGACACAUGGCUUCGUUCCUGCUCCUCGCAUGAGAAAUUUUGGUGCAGCCGAAGACGAGGAGCUACGCCGCUUGUUCUUGACGAAGCUACUCAUUGAACAGGCUCAAGCAAUGAACCCAGAGGCUGUUUUCUCCAUCGAUACGCCGUUUACGCUAUUGACAGAAGACGAAUUUGUGAAAUUCAUCGGAGAGUCGUAUCAACGUACGUCUGGUCCACUCACAGACACUUCGUCCUCUUCAGGAGUAGAUUUGAACUCGACAGUUGAUAUCAGCACUGAAAAGGACUGGACGACAUCGGGAUGCGUCGUUGAUGUCAAGAACCAAGGCCAGUGUGGUUCUUGUUGGGCAUUUGCUGCCGUGGCUGCUCUAGAAAGCGCCAUUUGCAUCGCCGGGCAGCCCCUGACGCCUCUUUCCGAGCAGGAGCUGGUAGACUGUGACACAACUUCAUACGCUUGCCAGGGCGGGUACCCCGGGGACGCGUUGGACUUCAUCAAGCGCUCUGGUGGCGUCUGUAGAGAGCAAGACUACCCGUACGAGUCGGGAGUCACGGGUGAAAAUAACACCUGCCAGUUAUCGUCCUGCAACCCGCAACCUGUGACCAUCCGCGAGGUCGUGGCGGUUCCUGAGAGCGAGAACGGUCUUGUUCAAGCUAUUAGCGGUCGUCCUGUAGCUGUCGGUGUCGCGGCCGGUAACCCUACUUGGAAGCAGUACAAGGGUGGCAUUGUGUCUACUUGCUCUUCAACAGAGCUUGACCACGCUGUAUUGGCGGUGGGCUACGGCGGUCUUGGCUCGUCGUCCUUCUUCAAGAUCAAAAACUCAUGGGGAACCCAGUGGGGUGAGGCAGGCUACAUGAGGCUGAAGCGUGGAGAUGACACUGCCAGCUCCGGCACUUGCGGUAUUAUUGGUCCCAAGUCCGUCUACCCGCAGCUCUAA